AACACAGGCCGUCAUCCAAAGCCGACCCAUUUGCCUUUUCCCCCCACAAACACUUUAUAAUCCAAAUUUCCCUCUUUUCCCUCUCCCUCUCUUCCGGUUUUUGUUCCCUUACAUCAUCUCUCCGCUUCUUCACCGUCGCGCACUACGCCUUCCGUACAUCUCCAGCAGGCGGCUGGGUUUUGAGCACUUUUGAUUAUGGACGCUGUAACCACAAAUUCGGAACGUAGGCCAUUUUCUAUCAAAUUGUGGCCUCCUAGUGAAAAUACUCGGAAAAUGCUUGUGGAGCGGAUGACAAAUAACCUUACCAGCCAAUCCUUUUUCACCCAAAAAUAUGGUACUCUUAGUCUGGAAGAGGCCGCAGAUGAGUCAAAGCGAAUUGAAGAUAUUGCUUUUGCUACAGCUAAUCAGAAUUAUGAAAAGCAGCCAGAUGGUGAUGGGGGUGCUGCUGUGCAACUUUAUGCCAAGGAAUGCAGCAGGCUUCUUCUCGAGGUUCUUAAGAGAGGUCCUAAAGUCGAGGCAGGCAAGGAGGCUGAAUCCGAUACCACUAGUGCUCCUCGUGAAGUCUUUUUCGACAUCUCAAAAGGUCGACGAGCCUUUAUCGAGGCAGAGGAAGCUGAAGAACUUCUAAAGCCUUUGAAAGAGCCAGGAAAUUAUUAUACCAAGAUAUGUUUCAGCAACCGAAGCUUUGGUUUAGAAGCAGCUCGUGUUACUGAGUCCAUUUUGGUGUCCCUUAAAAAUCAGUUAAAAGAAGUGGAUCUCUCUGAUUUUAUUGCUGGAAGACCAGAGGCAGAAGCUCUAGAGGUCAUGAAAUUGUUCUCAGAUGCUUUAGAAGGCAGCAUCUUGAGGUCCCUUAACCUCUCAAACAAUGCCUUGGGUGAAAAGGGUGUUCGAGCUUUUGGCUCUCUCCUGAAAUCACAGACUUGUUUAGAGGAGCUAUAUUUGAUGAAUGAUGGCAUUUCCAAGGAAGCUGCUCAGGCGGUAUCCGAGUUGAUUCCUUCAACAGAUAAGCUAAGGAUCCUUCAUUUUCAUAAUAACAUGACAGGCGAUGAAGGGGCUCUUGCCAUUGCCGAGGUUGUAAAGCGUUCUCCUCUAUUGGAAGAUUUUCGUUGCUCCUCUACGAGGAUAGACUCUGAGGGGGGAGUUGCCUUAUCUUUAGCACUCGGGACUUGUACCCACUUGAGGAAACUUGACCUCCGAGACAACAUGUUUGGAGUGGAAGGUGGAGUUGCUCUGAGUAAAGCCCUUUCAUCCCAUACAGAUCUCAAGGAGUUGUAUUUGAGCUACCUGAACUUGGAAGAUGAAGGUGCAAUUACCAUAGCCAAUGUACUGAAGGACACUGCUCCUGCACUUGAAGUCUUGGAGAUGGCUGGAAAUGACAUAACAGCUGAAGCUGCUUCUGCAUUAGCUGCUUGCAUAGCUCAAAAGCCCCAUCUGACCAGCUUGAAUUUGGGUGAAAAUGAACUGAAGGAUGAAGGAACUAUCCAGAUUAGUAAGGCACUAGACGGUCACAUCAAAAUAAAGGAAAUUGACAUGAAUACUAACUUGAUUCGGAGGGCGGGGGCUCGGGUUUUAGCUCAGACUGUAGUUCAGAAGCCUGGUUUUGUGCUGCUGAACAUCAAUGGAAAUUUCAUUUCUGAUGAAGGCAUUGAUGAGUUGAAAGAUAUUUUUAAAAAGUUUCCAGAUAUGCUUGGGGCCUUGGAUGAAAACGAUCCCGAGGGGGGAGAUGGCGACGACCAGGAAUCGGUAGGGAAUGAUGACGACGAGGAUGAAUUGGGAUCAAAAUUAAAGAACCUUGAAGUGAAUGAAGAGAACUAGAGUUUUCUGUAUUUAUGACCCUCUUUGAUUUAGGCUAGUUGCAAGAUUUGUCUCUUAGGCUUUAGUAUUUGAAGAGAGGCAUGUGUUGUUUUAGUUUCAGAAUUUUAGUUUGUUUUGAGUAUUGAAUCUCGUUCAACGUUGAUCAACUGUAUCGUCGAUGAAAUUUCUAUGGAGCAGAAUGGUAAUAGUAGAUGUCUGCAGUUGUAGGAGGUAA